CCCUUGGGUGGGUGAGUGUGUGCAAAGAAGAGCAACUUGUUUGUGAAUGCUGCAUUUUUACAGGCAGAAAGGUAGAAUGUGUAUAUAUGUGACUGAAGUUCAUAGUUAAUAGAAGUUUAAAAUUGUGUGGAGUAAGUUGAACUUUAAUAUCCAGCAGCCCUAGCCAGCAUGGCCAGUAGUGAGGAACUCUGGGAAUUGUAGUCCAGCAGUAUCUGGAGGCAUUUGGAAGACUCUCAAUUCUCCCUUGAUCUAGAGCAGAGCUUUACAAACUGUGUUUCACAUCACAUUAGUAAAUGUGUGUAGAUGUGUUAUGUGAAUAUAACAAGAAACCUAUGUGAAAUAAGCAAGAAACCAUACAUUUUAAAACAAACAAAUCAACGUUUUUCAUGAAACAUAUUGUAUCUCCAUACAUUUUGUUAUUAAAAUUUAUUUAUGUGUCUGUAUCUCUUAUAAGGAAUUGAUUUAACCUACAGUUUGCUAGUAAAACUGAAUUUGUUGUGAAUGCGCCUUCAGAGACUGUGGAUGAUAGUGGUGGGAUCAGGAGAAGAAGGAAAAACCCUUGCGAGGAGGGCUCGUUGGAGGAUUUGUUUAGGAAAAGGGUAAGGGAGACUGAUGGGGAGUCUUCUGAGGAGGAUUCAUGUGGGGAUCCUGAGGUGGAAAUGGAUGCUGGGGAACAGGUGUUUACGGAGGAAUUGGGCACGGACUGGGCACGGACACCAGAGAUGCUUGGGGACGAAUCGGGGCCCAUGGAUACUGCUGAUGCUGGGGAAGUUUGGGUGUCUUCAGAAGCAGAUCCCACUUGGUCUGCUUGGAGGAGUGAGAGGGGGUCCACAGGUGUGGAUAGAGUUGGGCAUGGGCAGGAUGAUUGGGACUCUGAUGAGGAAUUAGGAAUGCCUGACCCAAGGGCAUUGGCUGUGUGGAGUUCUGAUUCAGAUUAAGAAAUUGAGACACCUGCUCUUUGGGCGUGGAUAGUUUGGAAGCCCAGGGAGACCUGGAUAUAUUGGGGUUGUUUGGCCAUUAUACCUUGCAUGUGGCAAGGUGUUGCUGGGUGCCAUUGGGUUUCCUGUGUGUGUUACUGAAGACUGGACUGGGACUUUGCAACGGAUCUGCCAUUCACCCUCAUUGCUUUAGCUCUCUGUGCCAUUUUGUAUUGUGACCUUCUUGGAUGACUUCAACCUCUUGGACCUUGGACCUUGGACCUUGGACUGGAACUUGACUCGGCUUUGCUCUUCGCUCUCAAUCCGUGGCUUGGCGUCGCUCUCUAUUCCAUGGCUGUCUGCUGUUGCUGACUACUACCUUCACUCCUGAUACCGACACUGUCUGCUUAUCCCGACUUCGGACCGGCUUGACGACGUUCUCCCGUUCUGCUCCUUAAACUCCUGGCUUGGCAUUUGCUUCUGUAGCAGCUUGGCGCUGCUGGUUUAUCCCAACUUCGGAUCGGCUUGACGACGCUUUCCCGCUUUGCUCCUUUCACUCUUGGUUUGGUGUAUGUUCCAGCAGCGGUUGCUGUGGGCUCGCCAGUGUCUCGCUGUUUCACUGGUUUUGCUGCUCUCAACUGGGAGUUCCCUAGCUCAGUUUGGGCGUUUGUUUGUUUUGAACUCCUUUUUGUACUUUUGAGUUUUGGGAAAGGUUUGUGGGCUUCAAUACUGCUUGCUUUAGUUCCGGCCUCUGUUUUUCAGCCCAUUGUGAACUUUUGGGUCAAGUUCUAGAACUUUAAAUUUAACCCGGAUUAUAUCUCUGGCUAAUCCGGAUUAUUUGCCAGUUCUUGUUUUUUGGGGUUUUACCCGCUUGUUCUAUUUAAUAACACUGAAAGUUAAGUGUUUUAAGUCUUUUUAGUUUGUUGAGCUAUUUUUUGGACUGUUGCUUUAAUAAACUCUAUUUUGCUCUCUAAUUGGCGUCUGACUUUUGACAGAAUUACUGUGUCACAAAAUGAUGCAUAUCUCAAAAGUGUGUCGCCAACAUGAAAUGUUUGGAAAGGUCUGAUCUAGAAAACCAUGUUGAAACAGUUUUUUUAAUUGUUCCUAUUGUCUGCCCUGAAACCCCCUUUUGGCAGUUGUAAUUUUUGUCAGGAAAUAAAGUUUUGCUUUGAGAACAAUGGAAACAAGACGUUCAAAAUGUGGUUCCUUUUGAACUACUACUUGAUAGCUGUUAUCACAAAGAUUUUUUUCUUUUCUUACUUUAGAAGUGUUAUAUAAUACUUUCCACAGUGUUCUUAUGUUAUGGUACAUAUUAUCAUUGUAUGGAAUCCGUAAUUUCCACCAAUAUGGUAUUUCUCUAUAUUGAGCACAGACAUACACAGGAAUCUUGGUAGUGGGCCAGUAUUAAGGAGAUAUAAGUGUAGUUAAGUGUUCAUAGGAUAGAUUUGGGAGAAUCUUGGUUCCUCCUUUCAAGGCAAUUCUGUGCAGAUUUCUGGUCUUUCUUGUGCGAUAGAAGAAGCUUCAUGGGAAAUUCUAGGUAGGAAUGAAACGAUUUCUGCCCCUAUAUGUAUCAUGGGAGGGUUGGGGAAUUGUUCUUUUGUUUUUGGAUAUAAUGCUAGAGAGACUGGAGUUUUGUUUGUGGUCACACUUCAAAUAGAUCCAUUAUGGUGCUGGAGGAGAAAUUUUUGGGUGAGUCUUUAUUGGUUUAAGUGAUCUGCCUAAAUUGGCUACUGCUCAGAAAGAGGCACAUGAUUACUAUACAGUAUUUGGCAUUUAUGUGCUCAUUGAUAGAAUGUGGUCAGCUGCUUGAGAGUAAGGCAAAAAUGCACAGUUCCACCUGCCAUUGCUUGACUUCCAUCUCUCUUUCUCUUGCAGGUGCUGAAAAUAGUUCUGCUCAAACAGUCUGUGGCCAACCCCAAGUGCCCUUGGCUCGGAUCCUUGGGGGCAGUAAAGCCAAAGUAGGGGCAUGGCCGUGGCAAGUUAGCCUGCGGAAAAACAGAGAACAUAUAUGUGGUGGGAGCUUGAUUUCAAACCAGUGGGUGGUAACAGCUGCUCAUUGCUUUGACGGGCCACUGAAUCCAGCUGAGUAUCAAGUAAAUCUAGGAGAAUAUGAACUUCCCAAACCAUCCCCCAGUAUGGUCUCAGCCUCCAUCAGCGAAAUCAUAGUGCACCCAUAUUAUGCUGGGUUAGGACUUAGUGCUGACAUUGCUCUGAUGAAGCUGAAAGAGCCUGUCCAGUUUUCCCAAACAAUUUUACCAAUCUGCCUCCCAAAUUCUUCAGACCCCGACAGUUUUUCUUCAGGGAUGACCUGCUCUGCUACUGGCUGGGGAGCCUUCAUUCGAGAAAAGGGCCUUAUAGCUCGCAUACUGCAGGAGAUUGAGAUACAAAUUGUAGAUAUUGAGGAGUGUAAUAAAAGAUACCAGAAUGAAUCAAGCCAAUUUGUUCCAGAGAACUACACCCUGAUUUAUAAAGACAUGAUCUGUGCUGGGGAUCUCAAAGGAAAGAAGGACACUUGUCAGGGUGACUCAGGGGGACCCCUAGCCUGCAAACUGGAUAACACAUGGUUCAUGGCUGGAAUAACAAGUUUUGGGCCUCCAUGUGGGGUCUCCACUCAACCUGGUGUCUACACACGCACAUCCUCUUUUGUGAAUUGGAUUCAGGAUACUAUGGCACAGAACACAGCCCCCUGGAGUCAUGCCAGUUGUGUUACAUUCUUCCUUCUGCCCCUUCUGUUGGUUCUGAGCAACACUGUUGUGUGACUCACCCUGCCUUCAUAGCAAAUUGGUUAAGCCUCUGUAUUUUCCAAAAAGGGACCACUUUGGGCACCUGGAUGUGAAAGCUUUGACACCUUCUGAAAGAACCUUUGUAGUGCUAUCUCGAUUAUGAAUGUUUCCAUCCCCCACCAAAUCUGCAUUUUUUGUGUGGCAUUUUCACUAAUAUACCGUAUAAAAUAGAGUAUAAGCUGACCUGAAUAUAAGCCUAGCCACCUAAUUUUAUCACAAAAAACUGGGGAAACUUAUUGACUUGAGUAUAAAACGAGGGUGAUAAAUGGAGAGACUACUGGUAAAUUUAAAAAAUAAAAAUAGAUUCCAAUAAAAUUACAUUAAUUGAGGCAUCAGUAGGUUAAAUAUUUUUGAAUAUUUACAUAAAACUAAUUUAAGAUAAGACUGUGCAGCUCUGAUUACCAUAUAUACUCAAAUGUAAGCCAACUGGAAUAUAAGCCAGCCAGGACCCUCACUCGAAUAUAAGCCAAAGGGGGCUUUUCAGCCUUAAGAAGGGCUGAAAAACUCAACUUAUACUAGAGUGUAUGCAGUCCAUAGCUGACAAUUGGUCAUAACAUAGUGGUGGUGUUAGAUGUUGCAUAUCUACUUCAAGUCAUUGUGUGCAGCCAGAAAUGGCAAAUGCUUCUGGAGCCCCAGCUUGGAUGGAAAUCUUUGUUACAUCAUUAUUGCAUGCAAAAAUAUAAGUGGCUCUUAUUAUACUAGUCAGCAUUACACGAGUUGUAAUGUGUUUGUCAGUGAUUGCACUUUGGGUUUUUUUUGCAAAUAUUUAUGAAAAAAAAUCUUUUUUACAAACUCCUUGUUUUGUGAAAACUUUCUCUUUUGUGGAAAAACAAACUCCCCUCCCAUAAAGCAGUAUAUUUUUCAUAAAAACUUUUUGUAUUGCAUGUUGAAAUGUGAGCUUUUCCCACUGAAGCGCUUUGCUUGUGCUAAUUAAACUUUUCACAAAAAGUCA